CGGUCGACCAAUCACAGAUCAGCUCGUGACGCUGUAAACAGCCGCGGACGCGCGGAGCGACUGACAGAUGCGCGGAGCUCCAGACACGCAUCAUGGCCGGAGAGAAUACAGGAGGACUUUGGGAUUCGUUGAAGAAAGCCGCUUUUGUCAUUGGAUCUGGGCUUUUCUUCCUGGUCGGGUUUAGGAACUCAGUGACAUGGCAUCUGCAGAGGUUUUGGGGAGCGUCGGGAGAUUUCUGGCAAACACAGUGGACCAAACUUCACCAAGCCUUGGGUGGAAAUGAGGCGGCCUUGUUUUUUAUCGGAACGGUCUCCCGACAGGUGGAUGCGGCGCAGUUACGGCACGCGGUGAAGACGGUGCUCUUUAACCAGGUGUGUCUGUCUGGUCCUGUGGUGGUGCUCACCUACAUGGUGAUGAAGAGGCGAGGCGAGCCGUGCGGCCCGGAGCUGCCCACCUUCCACUGGGUGCUGCUGGAGCUGUCCGUCUGCGGCCUGAUGGAGGAGAUACUCUUCUACUACACACACAGGCUCGUUCACCAUCCGUUGCUCUAUAAGAGCAUCCAUAAGAUCCAUCACGAGUGGACGGCACCUGUUGGAGUGGUGGCGCUCUACGCUCAUCCGGUGGAGCAUGUGCUGUCGAACAUGCUCCCGGCUCUGAUGGGUCCGCUUCUGCUGGGCUCACACGUCUCCACCACCAGCCUGUGGUUCACCAUCGCUCUGCUGGUCACUACGGUCUCUCACUGCGGCUACCACCUGCCCCUGCUGCCCUCGCCCGAGUUCCACGACUACCACCAUCUCAAGUUCAAUCAGUGCUACGGAGUGCUGGGAGUGCUGGACAGGCUUCAUGGGACGGACGAGAAGUUUCGUAAUGCUAAAGCGUACGAGCGGCACACGGUCCUGCUGGGUUUGACCCCACUGAGCGAGAGCAUCCCUGACCAUCCCAAGAAAGCACAGGAAUAACUGCGCUUCACUUCAUUCCAUGAACAUAAACACUACAUGAACUGAUCAGCAGGUCUAAUGGAUCUCAAAUCCUGUGUGAUUCACUCAAAUGACCCGCUGACAUGCAGAGACCCUGUUCACGAGGUUAUCAGUUCCUUUUAUUGUUCAUCUUGUGUCACUUCUCAUAUUGUGUCAGAAUAGCAUUAUUGCACAUUUAUGCAGAGGAUCAAAAUGAUUUUAAUUCUGUAUUUUAGCACUGAUAGUAAAUCUACUAAUGUUUUUUGGAAAUGAACAUUGUACUCUUUCUGUCCCCUGAUGAUUCCUGACAUCAGUUUCUGGAGUUUAUCAUCAAACCUGUCAUUAAAGCUGAUCUGCUGUACCUGGUGUGUUUGCAUUAUUAAUAAUU